AUGGAGCUUCCGGUGCAUUGGCAGAGCGAUUUGCCAGUUGAGCGCCACGGUGCUUCCCGUGCGCUGACGCUGACUGCAGCCCUCGGCCGCCUCGGUGUAGCACCCCGCGCCACCGGUGCCGCCGAGAGACGGCUGACGAUCCAUGUCCUGGGUGCCAGCUUCCGGGAGGAGGGCAGCGACCUGAUCGCUACGUCAGCCGUCUUCGCCCCGCUUCUCUCCGUACUCGCAGACAAGCUCGACAAGGUUCAGAUGCUCCUCGUUGGCCCCACUGCCUUGGGGCCGUCGGACAAGCAGGUGGCUGCUGAUGAUGGGACUCGCUUGCCCACGGGCCUUCUGCUGGAGACCCGACACCGACAAGGUCUGUACCACGAGGUCAGUUUCGAGCCUUGCUGGGAUCCGGACCUCGUCUGCGCCUUCCAGCCGGGCUUCUACGGCUACGGCAGCUGGGAGCCCAGUCUUCGAAGGGUCCUGGAGCUGAAGGCGCCCUUCCUCGCCACGAGUUACAGCCACGAAGAGGCCGAAGAGGACGAGAACCGACCUGCACCGGAACUCUGCACGGAUGACUUGUGA